AUGGCCCUGGUGGCCCUGGUGGCCUCGGUGACCGGGCAGGGCGGUGGCAGGGUGACCGGGCAGGGCGGUGGCAGGGGUGAGGUGGCCCUGUGGUGGCCCUGGUGGCCCUGUGGUGGCCCUGGUGGCCCUGGUGGCCGCGGUGACCGGGCGGGGCGCUGGCAGGGGCUGGAGAUCGUGUUCCGCGUGGGGAUGGCCCUGCUGCAGUUCAACCAGGCCGAGCUGGUGCAGCUGGACAUGGAGGGCAUGUCCCAGUACUUCCAGAAGGUGAUCCCUCACCAGUUCGACUCGUGCCCGGACAAGCUGAUCCUGCGCGCCUGCCAGGUCAAGUACAACCCGCGCAAGAUGAAGAGGCUGGAGAAGGAAUACGCCGCCCUCAAGAGCAAGGAGAUGGAGGAGCAGAUCGAGAUCAAGCGGCUCCGCUCUGAGAAUCGCCUGCUCAAGCAGCGCAUCGAGACCCUGGAGAAGGAGAGCGCGGCCCUGGCCGAUCGGCUCAUCCAGGGCCAGGUGACGCGGGCGCAGGAGGCCGAGGAGAACGACGUCAUCCGGCGGGAGCUGGCGCUGGUGCGGGUGUGCGGGGGCCGCUGGCAGGAGCCGCGGGCGCUGCACGAGGCCGUGCUGGGGGCGCAGCUCCGCGAGAGCCAGGCCCAGGCUCGGUUUUGGGCCGGGCCGAGCAGGCCUGGGCGGAUCCAGCAGUCGGUUUUGGGCCGGGCCGAGCAGGCCUGCGCCGGCCUGCGGGAGCAGCUCCGCGCCGCGGCCGCGCAGAGCCAGGGGCUGCAGGCGCAGCUCAGCGAGAGCCACCGCAAACACGCCGAGGCACAGUGCAAGAGCAAGGAGGAGGUGAUGGCCGUGCGGCUGCGCGAGGCCGACAGCAUGGCCGCCCUGGCCGAGAUGAGGCAGCGCGUGGCCGAGCUGGAGAUCCAGCGGGAGGAGGGGCGGCUGCAGGGCCAGCUGGAGCACUCGGACGCGGCGCAGUACAUCCGGCACCUGCAGGGCCACAUCCGGCAGCUCAAGGCCGAGAUCCGGCUGCUGCGGGGGCCGCUGUCCUUCGGCGCGGUGGCCUUGGGGACACGCCUGGGGGACGAGGACUCGCUGGGCUCCUCGGACGAGGAGCUGCCACCGCCCUUCGCCCUGACCCCGGGGGACAUCGGGGACACCGGGGACAGCAGCGACAGCGAGCCGGAGGUGGUACUGACGGCACCGUGACCUGAGGGGACACCAGGGACAGCCGGAGGUGGCACCGAUGGCACCGUGACCCACAGGGGACACUGGGGACAUUGAGGACAGCAGUGACAGCAAGCCCGAAGUGCCACCAAUGGCACCGUGACCCACAGGGGACAUUUGGGACAGCCGGAGGUGGCACUGAUGGCACCGUGACCUGAGGGGACACUGGGGACAGCCGGAGGUGGCACUGAUGGCACCGUGACCCACAGGGGACAUUGGGGACAGCCUGAGGUGGCACCAGAAGCACCGUGACCCACAGGGGACAUUUGGGACAGCCUGAGGUGGCACCGAUGGCACCGUGACCCACAGGGGACGUUGGGGACACUUGGAGACAGUGGAGAAUUUGGGGACAUCGGGGACAGCAGUGACAGCCCCAGGUGGCAUCAACAGCCCCGUGACCAACGGGACAUUGGGGACAUCAGGGACAUUGGGGACAGCGAGCCCAAGGUGGCACCAAUGGCACCAUGACCAACAAGGGACACUGGGGACACCAGGGACAGCAGUGACACUGAGCCUGAGGUGCCACCCAUGGCACUGUGACCCACAGGGACCUUGGGGACACUGGGGACAGCAGUGACACUGAGCCUGAGGUGCCACCCAUGGCACUGUGACCCACAGGGACAUUGGGGACACUGGGGACAGCCCGAGGUGGCACCCAGGGACCCACAGGGACAUUGGGGACAGCAGUGACAUCGAGCCUCAAGGGGCACCGUGACCCAUGGGGACAUUGGGGGACAUCAGGGACAGGCCAGGGGCCACCCCAGAGGUCAUUGGGACAGCCCGAGGUGCCACCCAUGGCACUGUGACCCACAGGGACAUUGGGGACACUGGGGACAGCCCGAGGUGGCACCCAGGGACCCACAGGGACAUUGGGGACAGCAGUGACAUCGAGCCUCAAGGGGCACCGUGACCCAUGGGGACAUUGGGGGACAUCAGGGACAGGCCAGGGGCCACCCCAGAGGUCAUUGGGACAGCCCGAGGUGGCACCCAUGGCACUGUGACCCACGGGGACAUUGGGGACACUGGGGACAGCCCGAGGUGGCACCCAGGGACCCACAUGGACACUGUGGGUCCUGUGGCACCUGGGGGACAUCCGAGGUCCCUGUGGCACUUUGGGGACACCUGAGGGACACCCAGGGGACACCGAGGGACACCCAGGGGACACUGAGGGACA